GUCAAGCUGGAGUCGCUGAAGCGCUGGAAAGAGGAGCGCGGCCUGUGGUGCGAGAAGGGCGUGCAGGUGCUGCUGACCACGGUGGGCGCCUUCGCCGCCUUCGGCCUCAUGACCAUCGCCAUCAGCACCGACUACUGGCUGUACACGCGCGCGCUGCUCUGCAACACCACCAACCUCACGGCCGGCGCGGGCGACGACGGCGCGCACCGCGGCCCGGGCGCGGCCGAGCGCAGGGAGCCCGGCGGCCUCACGCACUCGGGGCUCUGGCGCAUCUGCUGCCUGGAAGGGCUGAAAAGAGGCGUCUGCGUGAAGAUCAACCACUUCCCGGAGGACACGGACUACGACCACGACAGCGCCGAGUACCUGCUCCGCGUCGUCCGCGCCUCCAGCAUCUUCCCCAUCCUCAGCGCCAUCCUGCUGCUGCUGGGCGGCGUGUGCGUGGCGGCCUCGCGCGUCUACAAGUCCAAGAGGAACAUCAUCCUGGGCGCGGGCAUCCUGUUUGUGGCCGCAGGCCUCAGCAACAUCAUUGGCGUGAUCGUGUACAUCUCGGCCAACGCGGGCGAGCCGGGCCCGAAGCGCGACGAGGAGAAGAAGAACCACUACUCCUACGGCUGGUCGUUCUACUUCGGCGGGCUGUCCUUCAUCCUGGCCGAGGUCAUCGGCGUGCUGGCCGUUAACAUCUACAUCGAGCGCAGCCGCGAGGCGCACUGCCAGUCUCGCUCGGACCUGCUCAAGGCCGGCGGGGGCGCGGGCGGCAGUGGCGGGAGCGGCCCCUCGGCCAUCCUCCGUCUGCCCAGUUACCGCUUCCGCUACCGCCGCCGCUCCCGCUCCAGCUCCCGCUCCAGCGAGCCGUCGCCGUCGCGGGACGCGUCUCCCGGCGGCCCCGGGGGCCCGGGCUUCGCCUCCACGGACAUCUCCAUGUACACGCUCAGCCGCGACCCGUCCAAGGGCAGCGUGGCCGCGGGCUAUCCAUUCGCCCGGCACCCGGAGACGCAGCCCGGCGCGCGCGGUGCGGGAGGCGGGGCCCAGGCGGCCGCGCACGCGCCCGCGUCUCCGCUCGUCUCCACAAGGGCUUCCUCCGCACCUGCUGUGGCAGGCGCUGGCACCGACAGGGGUUCAUUCAUUCACUGCGGCCGCUCCUUUGUGCGCAGUGCUGCCAGGCGCCGUGAGGAAUGCUGGGCACGGAGGGAGGAACCCUUCCCAUUCCCGAGGAGGACACCCGCUUCAGACCCAGGGGCCGCGGCCAGCCAGGGUGCAGGCUGCCAGGGACAAGCUUGGCCGGGACCUCGGGAGCAAAAGGCGUUGGAGGAGAGGGAAGGGCCCGAGGCGGGGGAGGAAUGGGUCAGGGAGGCGGAAUCAGGGGAGACCCCGGAGAUCUGUCCUGGAGACCGUCAGCGAGGUGUGUUCGGGAGCCAGGCCAAGAAGGCCCAGUCGGGGGUGGCAGGGAGCCCCAUCCCAGCGCAGCCUGAGGUCCGGGCCGCGGAGCCGGGACACCGAGGAGGAGCGCGUGGGAGGCCGGAGCGUGGAGCCGGCGCUGCCCGCGGCCCUGGGAGCCCCGGGAGGGGCAGCGCGGUCACCGAGGGACUCAGAGUGCCGGCCUUACCCCAGCGGCGCGCGGCGAUCCUGGGCACUCGGGACCUUUGCCCGAGCCUUGCGAUCGAAGCGCAGAGGGCAGCCCUGUGGGAGCCCAGGCCCCCGCCCUGCCCCGGCGCAGCCCCCGCCCUGUCUUCAGAAGACACCAGUCGCAGCCUCCUCCGAAUGGUUCCCUUCUGCACCCCGGACUGCCACUCCUUCAUCCCCAGACUGAGGCCGGAGGAACCCAGCCCAGUCUCCAAACACAGGGAGACCUCAGCUCUGCGUCCUGGGCCAGCGGCCUCGGCUGACCCGGCUUUCGCCCUGGGGUUCUCGCGGGUACGCCAGGGGCACCUCUGA